CCAAUCCGGGCUUUGUUGUAGUCAGCCAAUCCAGAAAUUAACCUUAUGAUGUUCUGCUUCAACUCCUCUCAGAUUCCAAAUAAGGGAUAACAAGGGGGCCGGGAAAGAUGCUAACUCUGGCUCAGGAGAAUCACGUAAUGGAGCCCAAGACGGAGGGUCACGUCUUAAGAACAAAUUUGUUUUCUGAUGGUUACUUUAACUGAGUUGAAUAGCGGGGACAGCCCCUUUCUACAACCACUCUGGGAAAUCACAGAGCCCGAGCCCGCCAAGUCUGCGCCGGCCCCGAAGAAGGGCUCCAAGAAGGCGGUGACCAAGGCGCAGAAGGACGGCAAGAAGCGCCAGCGCAGCCGCAAGGAGAGCUACUCGGUGUACGUGUACAAGGUGCUGAAGCAGGUGCACCCCGACACGGGCAUCAUGAACUCGUUCGUCAACGACAUCUUCGAGCGCAUCGCGGGCGAGGCGUCGCGCCUGGCGCAUUACAACAAGCGCUCGACCAUCACGUCCAGGGAGAUCCAGACGGCCGUGCGCCUGCUGCUGCCCGGGGAGCUGGCCAAGCACGCCGUGUCCGAGGGCACCAAGGCCGUCACCAAGUACACCAGCUCCAAGUAAACUCCUGUGAAACUAUGACAACGACUUCAGACCCUUUAAAGAGCACCCAUGUGCUCAUUUAAAGAGCUGUAACUUAAGCUUGAAAAUGACCAGUACAGCCAUUGUAAUACUUUGUCAAGCAGUAUUAAUCUAGGAGCAAAACGUAAUUCCAGCCUGUGAGAAUCCCCAAAGGGUAAAUCUAUGCAACUGGACUAUUGUGUUCUCUUAGCUGCUCUGGUAGCUCCUUACUGAGUAAUGUGCCUGGAGGCCCACCACACUUGGGGAGGCUUCGUUUCCCCAUUUUGUUUCGCUUUGUCAUUUCCACUACCCUAGAUCAGGGAGUAAUAGGGGCAAAGUGGGGCAAAGUGUUGGGUGGCCCUAAAUUAAAAGAGGAAUAUUCUUUUAGAAAAUCAACUUGCUGUGUCAUCCGAGUGGCUACAGUGGCAUCUAAUGGAGCCAUGUACUAUCUGCGACUUGGAUUUCUAAAUCCCAGCGGAUUUCUUGCCAGUCUCAAUCCCAUGUCCUUCCAAUUCCACCAGUUUCUUCAUCAAAAAUGUUAACGUAAUCUAAAUACUGCCUCUUGCAAAGGUCAGGAAUUCCUCCAUUAGUUUUCUACCUGGCUUAAAUAUACAAGAAUGUAAGAGACACUACAACUGGAAUACGUGAAGGAA